AUGGCCACAGAAGAACCCAUAGUGGAAACCGUUCCUCAACUAACGGUACCCGAACCUCCAGCCUCGGAGAAAAAUGAACCAAAGGCUCAAGCAAUGAAGACCAAGAAACCCAAAGAAUCAAAGCCGAAAAAAGCUUCCAAACCACGAAGCCCUUCCUCUCAUCCUACCUACUCGGAGAUGAUUAAAGACGCAAUUGUGUCGCUGAAGGAGAAGAAUGGUUCGAGCCAAUGUGCUAUUGCGAAGUUCAUAGAAGAAAAGAACAAACCUCUCCCUUCAAACUUCAAGAAGCUAUUGCUUCAAAACUUGAAGAAGGACGUUGCUUCUGGAAAGCUUGCAAAGGUUAAAGCUUCAUUCAAGCUUUCUUUAGCGGCUAAGAAGCCGGUAGUUGCCAAGCCGAAGACAAAGCCAGCUGCCAAGGCGAAGAAGGCUGUGAAGGCCAAGACAGCCGCUAAGCCAAAAGCUAAAGCUGUUGUAAAGCCAAAUGUUGUUUCAAAGGCCAAACCUGUAACCGCCAAGCCCAAAUUUGCGGCAUCAAAGCCCAAAGCUGGAGUGAAAUCGAAGCCCAAUGAGAGGCCUACAAAGGUUGCAAAGAUGACUCUGGGGAAGAAAGGGAGUGUUUCGAAGCCUGCACUGAAAAAAAUUGCGGCAGUGAAGAGCAUUAAGUCUCCAGCAAAAAAGGUUUCUAUGAAGAUAGGGGGAAGGAAAUGA